AUGCUCCGAAUAUCACGUGACACCAAAAUCGUCGCGCGUGUCACUCACGUGACUAAAUCCCGUACCUACGCCACCUCGACUGCUCCCAAGCUGGUUGUCGGCCUCGAGAUCCACACACAGCUGCUCACCAAACGAAAACUGUUUUCUUCCACCACAGUACCUUCGUUGUCAACCACGCCCAACACAAAAGUCAGCUACUUCGACGCAGCUCUUCCCGGAACACAGCCGCGAUUGAAUCCCCAGGCUCUGCUUCUGGCGCUCAAGGCGGCCAUUGCUCUGAGAUGUGAUGUCAAGGAGCUCACUGCCUUCGACCGAAAGCAUUACUUCUACCCGGACCAGCCCGCAGGCUACCAGAUCACUCAACAUCGAAAGCCGCUCGCCAUCAACGGAAAGCUGAAGCUCAAUUGGUGGGAUCUGUACAGUCAGAAUGAAUGGCCUGCCCUACUCGCUAAGGAGGCCAACACUGACUCAGCAGACACACGCGAUCUGGCAUCUCGAUCUAUCGACGUUCCUAUUCUUCAGAUUCAGCUUGAGCAGGAUACUGGAAAGUCCACUUACCACGGAUCAGAGACCCUGGUGGAUCUCAACCGAACUAACAUGCCUCUUAUCGAAAUUGUCACAGCGCCCGUCAUUCAUACCGCCUCGCAUGCCGCUGCCUUUGUCAAAAAGCUCCAGACCCUGCUAAAACGCAUUGGUGUGUCCACUGGAGAAUUUGAGUCAGGUGCCAUGAGAGUGGAUGUCAACGUGUCCAUUGGAGAAGACGGAGAGCGGUGCGAGAUCAAAAACCUGCCCAACACCUCUUCCAUCGAAGCCGCCAUUGAGGCCGAGUACAACCGACAAGUAGAACUGGUAGGCAAGGGAGGAACUGUGGAGAAGUCGACCAUGGGUUUCGAUGGCAAGAAGACAUUCAUUCUUCGAUCCAAGGAGAACGCUGUCGAUUACAGAUACAUGCCUGACCCCGAACUGCCGCUGAUCCGACUCAGUAAGGGUACUUUGUUGAAGGUUAGAGACAGUCUCCCCGAGCUGCCUGACAAGGUCUUCUCUAGACUGACAGAUGAUCCCUACUACGUGACCACCAAGGACGCCCUUACGCUGAUUCACGUGGCUGGCCUGUCUGACUACUACUUUGAGGUCUUUGAGCGAGUGAGCGAGGAGACUGAGGAUGCCAAGGCUCUCAAGCAGCCUGUCAACUGGGUGGUUAACGAGCUUCUUGGACGAGUUCGAAAGGCCGAUGAGGCUCGUGCUGCCGAGUCUGCCGAGUCUGGGGAGCCUGAUCUCGGUGCUCAUGACUACAACUCCAUCUACCCUCCUGCAAAACUGGCUGAGCUCAUUUUGGCCGUUCACAACCACCAGCUGACGCUUCCCUCGGCCCGCCUUCUGUUCCAGCACUUCCUGGCUAACCCCGAGGAUCUCAAGAACAUGACUAUCGAACAAGCCAUCACGGAAUUCGAGCUUGGUGAGUCUGGAGAUGUGGUGGAUGCCUGCAGACAGGUAAUCAACGAGCAUGAGUCUGUUGUGAAGUCUGUUAAGGACGGCUCCAAGCCGGGUUCCAUCAAGUUCCUGAUUGGUAUGGUCAUGAAGGCUACUCAGGGCCGGAUCAACCCCGCCGUAAUCGAGCGUCAACUGAAAACUGAGAUGCGACACAUGUAG